AUGCAGACGGCCACCUACGAAUAUCCGGUGGCACUGGGGCUCGCAUACAUCCUUCUAGUCGGGUGCCUUAUCAGGGCCUUUUUCGUUUUCGUGGGCUUGCCAGCAUCGGUAGGCGUGAUGCUAAGUGGCUUCAUAUUCCAGCUUCGCUUCCAGAGCGACCUCUUCUUCGCCCGAGAUGAGCUACAAGGGCUCUCGUUUUUCUUGGUGCUUCUCAUUGCCGGCUUGGAGAUUCGGUCCAAAGACUUGCAAGCACACGUCUUUGUGAUGGCACUCCUGCCUGCAAGUUGCGAGCUAAUCGGAAUCGCCGUGUAUGCUUACAAAGUGCUGGAAUACACUCCGGUCGAGGGCAUGGUGCUCGGAAGUGUCCUUGUCGCGAUGGGUGAUGGGCUGGUCAUCCCCAAAAUGAAGGAGUUUUCCCAGACGUUCCCGGACCAUCCGUUGCCGCGGCUGGUGUUUGCAUGGGCUCCUUUGGAGGCCUCGUUCGCCCUGACCGCCUUUGGGGUUCUCACAGGCCUGGCGUCGCCGGCCCAUCAAGCGCCUACCCCAUUGGGAACCAUUCUUCUGGCAAACUUCCUUCGCCUGGUCGCAACCCUGGCUCUGGGCGUCCUGUUAGGAUGUGUGAGCUGUUGGUUCAUCGCCAGCCGGAAGAAGAUGCGCAUCUUGAAGCUUUUAUUCCAGGAUCCGGCCACAGAAGGUGGCAAAACGGAAGGCUUCCUUGUCCUCAUCUCUGUUACGCUCAUUGCUUUGUCAUUGGGCAAGGGCGAGUCUGGAAGCGAAUUGGUUCCGAUGGGCUUCUGUCCAGGUUCAAUGUUUCAGUCUGAGUUGCUCGUGAUCAUCACAGCUUCGGUCUUCGCGAACCGGUGCAGCUCGGCGUACAGCGGCGAGGACAUCGUGAAAGACAUCACAACCAUUGUGGGCCAAGUCUGGGUGUUUGGCCAGGUGUUUCUUUUCAGUAUGCUAGGCAGCAAGAUGACUUUGGAUAUCCUGCCUGAGCUCAAGAGCUUGGCCCCUGUAAUGCUGUGCGGGCUGCUCGCACGUGCAAUGGGCAUCAGCCUUGGUGUCCUUCUCACGGUCACGAGCCGCAGGAGGACGUUGAGCCAAGUUCCAUCAGACAUCGGCUUUUGCUUUCUGUGCACACUGCCACGAGCGACAAUUCAGGGUGCUCUCGGUGCCGAGCCCCUGAAGCAGCACUUCUUCCAUGUCGGAUAUGGCAACAACAGUGCAGUCCAGAACUUCACCUUUACAGCUGCAAGGUUGUAUGUGCUAUGCUACUCCGUCAUGGGUAUGAUACUCCUGAACGGUUUCGGGCCAAUGCUUCUUCGAAGUACCGAGAAAGAGGAAUCCACACGCCCGCUGGUGCCCGAUGACUCUGAGAAUCCGUCCGAAAAUACGCAGUUGGCAGACUCGCCACUUCAGGUCCAGCCAGCGCAGCACGAGUCAUCUACACCACAGCUGCAGAAGGUUCCGUCCCGCUCAGCCAGCUCGACAGCAUCAGGGGAGUCUCAUUGGCAGGACAAGGGAGGCAUGUUGCACACCUUCGAGUCCAGGAAUUCCACCUGGCGCCCUCAAUGCGAGAUACUCCCAGGCUAUAAGACAACCUGUCGUGCCACGGCCUCCGAGAAGCGACCUGCCGGGGAUGAGGCGAAGAGAGUUCUGAAGCCAACUUACUUGACUUUCAAAGUGCCGAAGAGGUCUGCAAUGCAGCGGAUGGGGGAGUUUAUACGCCGUGGCGAUUCUGGAGGACGUGUCCACGAAGUCCCAAACCCGAACCCUUCGCAAGGAGCUAUUCCCGUGAUCUUAUCCUCCAAGUGGAAGGAGGGAAAGGAGGUGACUCAUUACUUCGGUCCUGAUCCUGACUUCUUGGUCCGUGCUGAUCCUUCAGCGGAUGAACGGCCAAUGACAUUCCGGCUCAGAACGAAAGGAAAAGUCGAAACCAUCACAAUCAGAUUCCCUCCCCUCGUGAAAGAGGCGCAGUUCGAGCCAAACGCAGUGAUGGUGGAGGUUCCGGAGAAUGCAAGACCGGGAGCUCCGUUGGUAUUCAAGCAUCCGACCGAGAAGGUCUGGCUACAGUUCGAAAUUCCCCAGAAAGUUCCGGCAAAUCGUUUCUUGGCUGUGGCACUGCCGUCGGCAAAGUAUGUGUCUACGUCAAACGAGGACUAUUGCUCCUUCAUACACGAAAUGUGUGAUGAGAUUUAUGCUGAGUUUGUGGAAACACUGCAAACGUUUGAGAGUCUCUGCACCUUUCGCACCCAGCCGUAA